CAGAGAGAGAAUAAUAUCACAAACGUACUCCAAGCAGCAGCGGCAGCACUGUCGCUCGCUGGCGUGUUGCUGUUCCCUUUUCGGCGAGGCGUUUCUGCUCCCUGCAGCGUUAGUGGACAAAAUUCUCCCCCGACAACGCCACCUGGACCUGGACUGCUGAAUCACAUACACGCAUAUCGCGGAAUUUUGCGAGCUGCUCUCAUGCUCUGCGAUAGUGUUUUGCGUGAGCGGUUUGCUUGUCGGUUACGGGAUGGAAUCCGAGGAUUUCAAGCUGUAGCACUGAUGUUUCCGGAUGAACAGGCCGCGAGUUCUGAUCGGUGGAUGCGCGGCCGCGCUCGGACCGGGAUUGGCGGUCGGAAGCGGUUGGAAUUGGAUGGAGGUCACGACGCACGGCCUGUUUUAGUGUGGAGACUGCGCGCCGCCGGAGAUUCUGCUGGAGGAAGCGGAAGAGUUUCCGCCAGGAAGCUUGCGGCGUCGCUGUGGUGGUUGUGCGCGCCAACGAAUGAAAUUGGGGGAAGCGUGCGGCGAAGGUAUGGCCUGUUUGGCCGACGCGAUUUUGUGUUAUGUUCAUCAAUACCUAAUACUAGAGUUGAGAUGGAAGGACUCACGAAAUUGGAUCUAUGUUGCUCAAAAACAUACCAUGGGAGGCUCAAAACAAGUUCACAGAUUGCAUCAAUAGAAUCUGCUAGACAGACUGAAAAUGGAUUUGUACCUAAGGAAGAAUUGAGGAAACAGAACACUCACCUCAUCAAGAGCUUCAACAAAGACAUACCAACACGACAUCUAAAGGUGAUUUGUUCAAUAUUGAAGAAUCUGGCAGAUGAUAUCAAAAUGGAAAGAACAAAAUGCAGGAGGAUGUACAAUGUGAAUUCCAAGCUUCUAACUAACAUUGUCAACACAAAUUCAUCGAUUGGGAUGCUCACUUAUCAUCUUGAAAAAGAGAAAAGACUGAGAAAGCUAUUGGAGAGUGCUUGUCAUGAAUUAGCUAAAGUAGCUGAAGCCAGCAGAGGUGAAACCACAGAGUUAAGGGAUCGGCACGCACAAUUUCAAAAGGAGGUCGAACGCGAGAUUAAAAUUAUGCAAAUAGUAGACGCUUAUCGCGAAGAACGAGCGCAAAUGAAGAUAGUUGAAGCACAGAUGAUAUUCGAAGAUAAGAACUCAACAAUGGAUAACAUCAUAGAAGGCGCCGAAUCAUUUUUAAGGCCAAGUUUAGUUACAAAGAAUGAAAUCUCCAAAACAGAUCCAACCUUAGCUAGUCAACAAACAAGAUUACGCAAAGGUUGCUUCAAUCAACGAAGAAAUCCACACAUUGUUCGAGCAAUGAAAGGCCAUAUCGUGUGGCCCCGGGAAGUCCAAAGGCACGGCUCGGCUGCGAAGCACUUGGAGGCAAAGCUGGAGAGCCAGAGAAUGCUGAUGAGGAAUGUACUCAAACAAAGGGGAGGAUGAAGGUGGGGAAGCCUCCUUGAUGGAGUUAUUAUUUCCAGGCGUGGCUCAAAUUUUCCUCAUGGUGACAAGAAAGAUGUCUGAAUGCAAGUGAAGUAGACAGAGAGAGACGAUGAUGGUGAGUGCAGAAAGAAAUUUCCACAAAUCUGGAGGCGGAAGGGACGCUGAUCACGUGCGGGGCAUGUGCUUUGAGGUAGGAGCUGGGAUGGGAUGAGAUGGAAUCCACACGGGCAUUGAUGUCUGCCUGUAAACCCUUUCCCUAAGGCGGUUGGUUGAAGGCACAAAACAAUGCGUAAUUUCUCCGAGCUUCCACACCACACCAUGGAUCGAAUCGCGGCUCCGCCAUACAAAUUUCUUCCCACGUCGCACUGAUUCUGCACUGUCCGCUUGCAUUGUCUCGCCAUUGGUAGAAUUCGCAGCAGCUUGGGAGAGAGAGAGAGAGAGCGUUGGGAUAUGAUGAGAGGGGUGAUUCGACAGAGUCGAGAUCUUUAUGCUGCCCUAAUCGUAGUCCUGCUUCUUCUUCUCGGUGUUCAACAAUGCUGUUGCAGCUUGUUGAGUUAUUCCGAAAAGAGUUCUAAGCUAGCCGAGAGACGAGCAGACGUACUUUUACCCGACACUUCUCCAACAUCUGCUCCUCAGCCAUUUCUUCCUCUUCUCGCGCCAUCUCCUUUGACGCCAUUCGCCAACAGCACAAUCCCCAAAUUAUCCGGUCUCUGCGUGCUGAACUUUACGGUCCUAUCAGACAUGAUGAUCGUGACAUCAACCGAUUGUAUGGCUGCAUUCGCCCCUGUCUUAGCCAACGUAGUGUGCUGUCCGCAAGUGGAGGCCACACUCGCUGUUCUCAUCGGUCAGUCGAGUAAAUAUACGAGCACGCUCGCUUUAAAUGGAUCGCUCGCAGCGCAUUGUCUUUCAGACUUCGAACAGAUUCUCGUCGGUCAAGGAGCCAACGAUAGUCUUUCUCAUAUAUGUUCUAUUCGACCGGCAAAUCUGACUGAAGGUUCUUGCCCAGUUAGCGACCUUGUAGAGUUUGAGAGCACGGUCGAUUCUUCUAACCUUCUCGCCGCCUGUGAAAAGAUCGACAGUGUAAACGAGUGUUGCGAACAGGUUUGUCAGAACGCUAUAUUGGAUGCUGCAAGAAAGCUCGCUCAGAAAGCGUACAACCUUCUCACCCUCGACGGUUCCCUUGUGUUGUCCGAUCAUUCGAAUAGGAUUAAUGACUGCAAAAGCGUCGUGCUUCGAUGGCUUGGAAGUAGACUCGAGCCUUCGACUGCGAAAGAAGUUCUUCGUGGAGUAUCUAGCUGCAGGAUUAAUAAAGUUUGUCCGCUGAAUUUUCCGAAUGUGAGUCGCGUUAUACACGACUGUGGUUCUGGAAAUAACAGCAACGAAACAGCGUGUUGUAGUUCUAUCGAGAGCUACGUCUCUCACCUCCAGAGGCAGAGUUUCGUCACCAACUUGCAAGCUCUAAACUGCGCCGCAUCGCUCGGAGUUAAAUUAAGGAAAGCGAACAUUACAAAAAACGUCUACAGCCAAUGCCGUAUUAGCCUCAAGGACUUCUCCCUCCAAGUUGGUGCUCAGGAGUCGGGAUGCCUCUUGCCUAGCUUGCCGUCAGAUGUAGUGUUUGACAAAUCGUCUGGCGUCAGCUUCCUGUGUGAUUUAAAUGACAACAUUCCAGCCCCUUGGCCCGCCUCGUCUCAGUUGCCAUCGUCGUCGUGCAACAAAACUGUGAAAAUCCCCGCACUCCCUGCAGCAGCUUCCGGGCAAAGCAGAUUCGACAAUGCCGGCACAAUGUGUCGACUGUGUUUAAUGAUCUACGCGGCUGCGAUUUUGAUUUUUACCGCAUAAGUGCAAAUGAACGAAGCGUCUGAGAAAUUACGUCGAGAAUUCGAUCGAAUUUCAUGCCGGAGAAGCUCCGAUGAGGCUGCUGCUCCUGCAUUUGGAUAUCGGCCUCAGCCAUAGUCGGAAAAACGACUCAUCUGGGCUUUCUGAAAGGUUAGUUCUUGUUCAUGAAUUUACCGUUAAUGUGAUAUAUAUAGAUACAUAUAUAUAUAUAUAUAUACACGUGAUUCUUCUGUGGUUUUGUAAUAAGGGUUUUGGGUUUUUAGUU